ACACCAACCACACAAGUAAUCGCCCUUUCUUUCGCUGUCUCUCUCUGUCUCUGUCUCUUUCAAAAUAACGCCGUUUGAACCGGUCCAUCUUCUCUAUCCCUUUCAUUCUCCUCUCAGCGCUUUAUUGCCCCCCGGCCCCCUCCUCUCCUUUUCUUCCUCUACAUCUCUCCCUCUAGGGUUUUUUAUUCUGAUCCUUCUUGACCCAAAAUUAGCAGGUGCACACUCCCACUCUAUUUUUCCUCAACAUACCAGUAUAUGAUAUGACUUCCACUACCGUCAAGAACAACUUCUUGCCUCCGGGCCUCGUCUCCAAUCUUCAGGAAGUUCUUAGCAAGAAGAACAAUGAAUCCGACAAAGCAAACGAUCAAGUCAAAGCCAACGCAGAAUCCACCCAACCCUCUUCUUCCACCACGGUUUCUGAUGCCGUGGAGGACGAGGAGGCCAUAGACAGUUCCAAGCCCAUUGUGCUGGUCACUAAUGGCGACGGGAUUGAGUCCCCUGGCCUUGUUUACCUCGUCGAAGCUCUGGUCCGUGAAGGGUUGUACAAUGUCCAUGUCUGCGCCCCGCAAGUGGACAAAUCAGUGUCGGGUCAUUCCGUGACUCUCCAAGAGACUGUUGCUGUGAGUUCCGCUGAGAUUGAUGGUGCGACGGCUUUUGAAGUUUCAGGGACUCCCGUGGACUGUGUCUCAUUAGCAUUGUCGGGGGCAUUAUUUUCUUGGUCAAAGCCUCUUCUGGUGAUCAGUGGAAUUAAUCGGGGAUCAAGCUGUGGUCAUCAAAUGUUUUACUCAGGUGUUGUUGCCGGAGCUAGAGAGGCAAUGUUAUGUGGCGUGCCAUCAUUGUCAAUAUCACUGAACUGGAAGAAGGAUGAAAGUAAAGAGACUGAUUUUAAGGAUGCAGUUGCUGUUUGUUUACCUUUAAUAAAUGCAGCUAUCAGGGAUAUUGAGAAAGGACUUUUUCCCAAAAGCUGCUCUUUGAAUAUAGAGAUUCCCACUUCUCCUCUGACAAAAAAGGGCUUCAAAUUGGCCAGGCAAAGUAUGUGGAGAUCCACUCCUAACUGGCAAGCUGUUUCAGCUAACCGGUAUCCUGCUGGACAUUUCAUGUCCAAUCAACAAAGCCUUGGUAUUCAGCUUGCACAGCUUGGCCGAGAUGCAUCUGCCGCAGGUGCAGCUCGCCGUUUGACCACACAAAAAAAGAAUGUUGUGGAGAUUGAAUCAGUUGGUGUUGCAGGCAAAUCUGAUUUCAACCGGGUGAAGAAGUUUUUCCGGUUACAGUUCCUGGAUCAGGAUCAGGAUCAGGAAGAGAAUGAUGAGGAUCUGGAUUUCAGAGCUCUUGAAAGUGGAUUUAUUGCAGUAACUCCUCUUCCCCUUUCUCCACACAUUGAGAUGGACAUUCAAACAGCUGCCUUAGAUUGGAUCUCAGCUGCACUUCAUGGAGAGCAAUAAAAGCUUCUUCCCCAACCAACCAACCCAGCAUGAUUUUAGUGUACAUUUUGGAAUUCUGGUGUUAUUAAAUUUGUAUGGGUCUGCUGUUCUUUCUGAUAGUCUUAGUCAUUAUUAAGUGAACAAUUAAUUCCAAUUUGUGCUUCCUUUUU